CACGGAAGUGGGCGUUUUAAAUGUCAUAAAAACACAAAUCAUACAUUCAGUAUGAAUUGUAAUGCGCAUUUUAAGGCGUGAUUUAUAGGACAGAUUGUGUACGGGUUUGAAAUAAAUUACUGGAAAACUCGUUGCAAAAAUAUCAGGUUAUCCAGUGUGAAUAACCCGAUAUGUUAUUCUGUUGGGAGAGGUGGGAAAACGCGCUUUAAAAGGAAUAAAUACAAUGGACUUAAAAGCGCGUGAGUGAUGAAACAAUUAUGCACAACUUACGGAUAUUACGUUUUCCGUUUAUCUCAGUAAGGGCUGCUGCUUUGUAGGAGGGGAUGGGCUUUGAGGGGCGUGGCGCUUCUUGGUGCUGGUAGAGGGUUUGUCGCACGUUUAUUUAUUUAUUUUACUGACAGAUUUGGUUUUUCUGGCGCUGCUGUCUAUGAGAAUCUUGCGUGAGAGGGAGUGAGUUAAAAGAAAUGGCGACGGAUGUGGACGCGUGGUCAGAAGUAUCUGCUGCUGAACAGGAGGUAGUUGCACCUUACAGUGGUUCAGAGCAGGAUGAACUUGCUGAGGAUGAAUUGAAUGAUGCCGAAGUAAAUGGAAACUGGACACCUCAGGAGAAGGCUCUCCAUGAGGCUCGCAUCAAGGCAAAAGCAAAACGACGACUAAGACGGACCUCAUCUAAGGAUUCCACUCGUGAAUCUUUGUCUUCUACAGAAGUUAGUGAUUCCACAGUAGAGCCCACAAGCCCAAAGGGAAAGCUUAAUGAUCGGAAGUCAAGAAUGGGUAAAGGGCGAGGACUUCCUAAGAAAGGUGGAGCAGGAGGAAAAGGUGUUUGGGGUGCUCCUGGGAUGGUUUACACUUAUGAAGAACCAGAUGCUCGUGACCCCAAUUAUGAUGAAGCUUGUGCGGUUGAUACCGUGUUCGCGACUGUCGUACCCGAACUGGAUGAAGUACAGUUACAGAAGGCAGUACACCCUAUUGUACAGGAAUAUUUUGAACAUGGAGACACACAUGAAGUUAUUGCUUUACUUAAAGGACUAAACCUUGGCCACAAAAGGCACGAGUUCCCUAGUCUUGCCGUUUCCUUGUCUCUGGAAGGCAAAGCAAGCCAUCGGGAACUGACUUCUAGACUGUUAUCUGAUAUUAUUGGGAAGGUUAUGAACACAGAGGAUUUAGCAAGAGCAUUUGAUAAAAUAUUAAAGGACUUACCUGACCUCAUACUGGAUACUCCUGAAGCACCUCAGAUGUUGGGUCAGUUCAUUGCAAGGGCGGUUGCUGAUCAUGCUCUUCCUCUGGACUUUUUAGACCGUUACAAAGGAAAAGUAGAUUGUGAUCAUGCACGAGCUGCUCUGAGUCGUGCUGCACUGCUGCUUAGUAUGAAGCGAGACAUAAAUCGGUUGGACAAUGUGUGGGGAGUGGGUGGAGGACAAAGGCCUGUAAGGCAUCUCAUCCGAGAGAUGAAUCUCUUGUUAAAGGAGUACCUCAGUUCAGGAGAUAUCUCUGAAGCAGAACAUUGCCUUCGUGAAUUAGAGGUACCUCACUUCCACCAUGAACUAGUAUACGAGGCCAUCAUUAUGGUGCUGGAGGCGACAGGAAGUACUGCAGUUAACAUGAUGGUAAAGUUGCUGAAAGUCUUCUGGGAGACGGGACUGAUCACACUUGAUCAAAUGAACAGAGGUUUCCAGCGAGUCUAUGACGAAUUGCCAGAUAUUAACUUAGAUGUUCCAAAUGCACAUGUGAUCAUGGAGACCUUUGUAGACUCCUGUUUCCAGGCUGCAGUUAUAACCAAACAGCUGAGAGAUGCUUGUCCCUGCAGAGGCCGCAAGCGGUUUGUGAGUGAAGGAGACGGCGGGCGAAUUAAGCAGUAAAGCAACUUCAAUGAAUGCUGCAGCACAUCUAGUUCCAGCCCAAAAAGAGGAACCAAGGCAUAAAGGAAGCUUGCAUCUGGUUGACAUUUGGAUUGGUUACCUCACCAUAGUAAUGGACUUUAAUUGAGGUGCCUCUCCACAUAUUGGGGACAGCAGAGUAAAACAUGAGUAAUGAGAGGCAUUGUUCUUGACUCUGGGAUGCAAGAAAAGCUGCUGCAUAAGUGCAUGGUGGGGAUUGUAAAAUACAAAGGUUAUUGUGUCUUUUUUCAGACCGGUAACAGUUUGUUGUUAAUAUGUUUGUUUUGGACAUGGGUUGCAUGUUUCUCUUUGUAGAACUUUUGCAAUAACAAAAUAAGGAACUUUGGUAUAAAUCUUAUAGCCUUUAGUCACCGCUGUGCUGUAAAAAGACAUGAUUACAUUUGAAAUUCUGACCCAGUUUCAUACCCCGAAAACAGACAUUUACAACCUAUUGUAAGGUCAGCUGCAUCCUAAUGCAUAUAAACUUGCAAUUAUUUGAUCAUGAAAACGAAAGACCAGGCAUACAAACCUUUUUAGUGAAGAGCCUCGUAUAUUAAAUAUAUGCUUUAUAUAUCAUGCUGAGCUGCGCUGACUAGACACUGAAUUACAGAAUUAGCAUCUCAGGACUCUGGAUGUCCAGUAAGUUACUCUGUGUACAAGUGUAACUGUUACAAUCAUACAAACUGACAGAAACUCACACCAGCAGAAUGAUUUAAAACAAUCCUGUAUAGCAUUGCCGAAUGUGAGGAACAAAUAUGUUGCUCCAUUUAGUUUGUCACAGUAUGUUUAAAUCUACUUGGUUCAGAAACCUGGGCAUUCAUUUGUCUGUAUGAGACAAUUUUACCUCUGGAUUGAUUUAAAACCUGAAUCUUACAUGUUCACAAAUAUUUCUGUGCAGAUUUGUUUGCUUUUUAAAAUUACUAAGCUGUAUUCCACCUGUUGUAGCUAGAAUCAGUUGGGACACUGUCUUUUGCAUCCUUUCAGCAAAAACAUGUCAUUUUGGUCAAGAUUGACACUCAAGUAUGCAGUGCUGUGUUUCUUUCUCAUUUGUGAUUUAUCAUUGUUAAACCUGGAUGAAGAAAUUAUUUAAACCUG